AUGCCUCUCUCACCACGCCGAGCACAGAGCAAUAAUUUUGGGGGCAGAAAAAAUGCAACACCCUACAAAGGGAGUUCUCUUGGAACUAGCUGCCCUCAGCUCCUCAAAAGGACUUCAAUAUCUCCGGCGGCCCGUUUGACUGCAAUCCCAUCUUCAAGUCCUAUAUCCUUGAACCACAAAUUUCAUGGUUUUCAAGUAACAACACCCCCAGCAAAAGUGCCCAAAGUUGAGAUUUCCAAAAAGGAUGUUUUACAUGGGCAGAUUAUCGGUUUUCUCAGAGGAGAAGGACAACCUGAGGACACCAACGCUGAUUUCAAGAUCUUCUCUGACGUGUCAAUCGAUGAUUACGAGUUCAUCAUCGAGGCCAUCGCCGAAGAUGAUAAUAAUCAAUUCAAUCGAUACAAACUAUCACAUUCCCCGUCAUCCAACCAACUGGUCGCAACACUGCCUACUCCACUUCACGAGAACCUUCUCAAGCCGUUGCGCGACACUAUCGAUGCUGUUCUCGCAUCGAUGGGUAUCGAUGAGGCGCUCGGCAACUUUAUAAUCCAGAUGAACACGACGCUCAGAGGGGAGGGAGAGGGGGGGUCUACAGAGAAGGCCCUUGGUACCCCUGAUGCGUUGGUAGAGUUCCACGAUGGAGACGGAGGCCGUCUACAGCUUUGGGGGACCGAGAUUUCGUUUUCGCAGGCUCGGGAUGCCGCCAUCGCCAAACUCCAACGCUCCGUCAUAUUCAACAAAUUCAUGCGGGCUGUCACACUCUUCGAUGUCCUAGAAGAUCAGCGCUACUCAUCACCCUCAGAAUCAUCACACGCGUUCCAAACACUGUCGGAGACGGACAGGGUUGUACCGUACCGCAAAUGGCUUCAAAAGGACGACUUACCAGUCUUUGGCCCAGUCACCGGCUUUACCCACAAUUGGGUGUCGUCGCUCACCGUUGUUGUUACUACUUGGGUCCGUCCUGAUGACGGACCGUUUGAUCUCUAUGAUCAGGAUCCGCGAUAUUAUGCAACUGCUCAAUUGUGUCCUGACACGGACCUCGUGGGCCUCGACAACGUACAGCAAUUGUUCCAUCGUACAUUCGCGAGCAUCAGGGACACCACCAUCAGCCACCUCGAAGACCUCAUGGCAGAAGAGGAGGGAUCCAGCGCCGAGUCCGACAUCUCAGAUGAGUCUGGCGAUGAGGGCACAUCCCACAUGGCAGAGGCAUCCGCCAUUUCGGCGUCUCCUACCCCUGACCCCUUCCAGCUCGUUCACUGGAAGAAAGUCAUGGUCCAAUUGCGGAACGCCGCACGACAGACGGGCUAUACGCGUUACUCCACCUGGCACGAGAAGCUGAUCAAACGCAAGCUGAAGAGGCAGAAUAAUCUUCCAGAUCCUCCAAGAGGACUAGACGUUCACGGUGAUGUCAUGCUCGUUCAGUAA